CAGCGACGUGAUAAGGAACUGUUCCCAGAGCAGCUGCCAGCCCGCCGAACUGUGAAGAGUCUCAGCUCGCCAUGUCGUGGAACGACCGGGUCACUGUCCGCAGCCGAAGCCGUGACAAAGGGGGAGGCGGCGGGCUUCGAGGAUGGAGUGACAGCGAGGAUGAGGGGAAGUUCCAGCUGAAGGCUCCUAAGAAUCUGGUUGCAGCAUCUGGCUGGAAGCAGGAUUCGAAGGACAGCAAGCCAGCGGCUUCGCAGGACAUUUUCCUGCGCCCCGCCACAUCCACGGUCCAUUUGCAGCCGGCGCCAGGCCUGGAUGAGGAGGAGGAUAGCCAGGGCGAGACAAAGCCAAGGCUCAAGCCUCGGGGAAGACAAUUGAAGGCAGCGACGGCGGCAGACCUGGCACACGUCCGCAAGGAGCCACGGGCAGAGAAGGAGCCUGAGGACAAGAGGCGUGAGGGGAAGGAUGAAGACGGCAGGAAGGCUCGUGAGGAGAAGAUGGAGGGGGACAAAGGGCGCAGCAGAAGGGGUCAUGCAGAGGAAGAUCUUCAUGACGAGCGGAAGGAAAACGGGCGAGCCAAGCGCAGGGCCCCGCCUGCGGAAGAAGACAGAAAAGAUGAUCGACGAGACAAGAAGGAAAGGAAGGACGACAGGAAGGAGGAUCGAAAGGAUGACCACAGGAGGGGUGACAGAGAAAGAGACGACAGAGAUAGAAAAGAUGACCGAGAAAGAAGAGAUAACAGAGAUAGAAGGGAUGACAAAGAUAGGAGGGAUGACAGGGAUAGACAUGAGGGUCGCGACCGACGGGAUCGCGAAAAGCGGGACGAUCACAGGCGCACUGAUCGACGUGACCGGCGAUAGAAAGACAGGCGGCCCGGCGGCCUUAUGAGCGGCGCUUGGCUGAGCCGCAGUCCAAUUAGAGUCGGCCUGACCAACUUGUCCGAAGGAACG